AUGUCUCAAGCAAAUGUUUACAUACUGUCUCAAUUUCUUUGUUUGUUUGUUUCUUUGUUUGUUUGUUUCUUUGUUUCUUUCUUUCUUUCAUUCUUUCCUUUUUUCUUCUUCUCGAACUAUUUCUUUUCGUUCUUAGAUUUUUCUUCAUUGGAACUAAUCAGCCCAGUUUCUUUCUUUCAUUUUACUUUCUUCUUUUUCUUAUAUCGAUUUUUUUUUUCUUUCCUUCUUAGAAUUUUAUUCCUUCAGAAUAAUUUGCUCAAUUUCUUUCUUCUUCUUUUCGUUCUUGAACUUUUCUUCAUUCAAAUUAAGCUGACCAGUUUCUUUCCAUUUUUCCUUUUCCUCCCUAGUCUUUCUUUCCUUCAAACUAACUUGUUCACUUUCUUUCUUUCUUUUUCCUUCCUUCCUUCUUUCUUUCUCUUCUACAGCUUUUGCACUUUUUCUUUUGUUUUUAAUAUUCAAACUAGCUUGAUCAAUCUUUCUUUCAUUUCGUUCUAA